CGCUGCUCCAAGAUGGCGGCCGUGUUUUGGGUGGCGCUCUGCGGGGCGCUGCUGCUCCUGUUGCUAUGGAGACGGGCGCGGCCUGCCGGUUCCGAGGGCCGUGCGGCGGUGCUGGUGCUGGGCGACCUGGGCCGCAGCCCCCGUAUGCAGUACCACGCUCUGGCGCUGGCCCGCCGAGGCUUCCACGUCGCCUUCGUCGGCUACGCAGGUACAAAGCCGCACAACGAUAUAAUACAUAAUGAAAGAAUACGGAUAGUACACAUUCCGGAGCAUAAAAUCUGGCAAGUUGGCCCCAAAGUUUUCCAGUAUAUUGCAAAAGUGAUUGUUCAGAUUGUCCAACUGUUUUACAUGAUGCUGAAAAUAGAAAAUCCAGGGUAUGUUCUUCUCCAGAAUCCUCCAGGUCUGCCCAGCAUAGCUGUUACCUGGGUAGUUUGUUUUCUCCAGGGAAGCAAGCUAAUAAUUGAUUGGCACAACUAUGGGUAUACCAUAAUGAGCCUGACACACGGAGACAGACACCCUUUAGUCUGGAUUGCCAAAUGGUACGAAAAACUCUUUGGCCGUCUGUCUGACUAUAACAUUUGUGUGACCAGUGCAAUGAAAGAGGAUCUUGAGGUGAAUUGUAACAUCAGAGCGAUAACCCUCUAUGACAAGCCAGCUUCUUUCUUCAAGGAAACACCAUUGAAUGACCAGCAUCAGCUCUUCAUGAAGCUCAGCAAAGACUAUGUUCCAUUUCAGGCCCGAUCUGUAGCAGAACACAUCCCACCAGGUGACGGCAAUGAGAAAUCUGCCUUUACGCAACGAGAUGUCAGAAGUGGACAGGUGACUCACUGCAAAGACCGACCGGCUCUCCUGGUUAGCAGCACCAGCUGGACAGAAGAUGAAGAUUUUUCUAUCUUGUUGAAAGCUUUAGAAGAAUAUGAGCAUCAUGUCAGUGAUGGAACGAAACUUCCUCCUCUGGUUUGUGUGAUAACAGGCAAAGGGCCUCUGAAAGAGUAUUACAGCGAACUGAUUGCCACCAUGCAUUUCAAGCAUAUCCAGAUCUGUACACCCUGGCUGGAAGCAGAGGACUAUCCCCUUCUGCUUGGUUCGGCGGACUUGGGCGUUUGCCUCCAUAAAUCAUCCAGUGGUUUAGAUCUGCCCAUGAAGGUUGUGGACAUGUUUGGUUGCUGCUUACCUGUGUGCGCAGUGCACUUCAAGUGCUUGCAUGAACUUGUGAAACAUGAAGUGAAUGGUUUGAUAUUCAAAGACUCGAGUGAACUUGCAGGUCAGCUGAAGAUGCUUUUCUGGGAAUUUCCUACUGCAGAAGGCAAGCUUAAUUUAUUCAGAAGAAAUCUUCGGACGGCCAAACAGUUACGAUGGGAAGAAAGCUGGGAACAGACAGUAUUUCCUUUGUUUAGUAACAAUUGACUUGCUGGCCUUACCAAUGAGGCUAGCAUUUCCCUAUUCUGUAACAUGUUGAUAAAUGUCAUUUCAAAAAAUAUAUAUAUUUUGUGAAUAAAAAAUCAAAACCCCUCCUCCCUUUCAUAGGGUU